UCCGCGACCGGGGGGUGGAGGGGCGUAGAACUUCUCUGGACGUCGGGCCGCGGAGACUAGGGGCUGCAGAGCGGUGGGUGCUUCCCGAGGGCCUCGGGAGGGCGGCCUGGACCCCUGCGGGCCUGCAAAAGCCGUUCCUCGCCUUGGCCACGCACCUCCCUUUCCUGCCCAGACCGGGACGAGCGGCGGCACCAUGUCGGCCUACCCCAAAAGCUACAACCCAUUCGACGACGACGCAGAGGAUGAGGGCUCCCGGCCGGCCCCGUGGAAGGACGACCAUGACCUCCCCGAUGGACUCGGCGCGCCCACGGACAGGCAGCAGUACCUGCGGCAGGAGGUGAUGCGCAGGGCCGAAGCCACGGCCGCCAGCACCAACAGGUCCCUGUCCCUCAUGUACGAGUCCGAGAGGAUAGGCGUCGCCUCUUCCGAGGAGCUCGUCCGUCAGCGAGGCGUCUUAGAACGCACAGAGAAGAUGGUGGACAAGAUGGAUCAAGAUUUGAAGACCAGCCAGAAGCACAUUAACAGCAUUAAGAGCAUGUUUGGGGGGCUUGUCAAUUACUUCAAAUCCAAACCAACAGAGACACCACCAGAGCAGAAUGGACCCCUCACCCCCCAGGCCAGUAGCAGAUUGAAAGAAGCCAUAAGUACCAGUAAGGAACAGGAGGCACAGUACCAGGCCAGCCACCCAAACCUCAGGAAGCUGAAUGAUUCAGACUCCAUCCCUGGAGGGGCUGGUCCUGCUGCGAGUACUGAGGCUUACCCAAAGAACCCACACCUUCGAGCCUAUCACCAGAAGAUAGACAGUAAUCUAGAUGAGCUGUCCAUGGGACUAGGCCGGCUGAAGGACAUAGCCCUGGGGAUGCAGACGGAAAUUGAGGAGCAAGAUGACAUUCUUGACCGCCUCACAACCAAAGUGGACAAAUUAGAUGUCAAUAUAAAAAGCACAGAAAGAAAAGUUAGGCAACUUUAAAGACAGAGAAGGAGUUCCACUCCAUUGUGACGAAAAGAGCCGAAAGAUCUUUUAAACUCCCCAAAAUUUCAUUUAUGUUGUUUUAGUAUGUAAUGUACCAUGUGUUUGCAAAUGUUAUAAUUAUAGAGUGGGUCCUAGGAGAUGUUGUUAGGAGAAGUGUCUGUCCCACUUUUUUUAGAGCCAUCAUCUCUUGAUUCUCUGAACUGAAUGCUCAGAGCUGUAGUCUGAGCACAGUAGCAUGGCCCUGAGUACCUUGGGCCUUUGGUUACCAUGCCAGAAUGAGAACAAAAAAGUUGCAUUUCUCAAUUUAACAAGCAUAUGGAAAGAUGUGGGCAGAAUUUCAGUCUUGGAACCACCAACCUCUGUUCCUGUUUGCUGUAUUUCUCAUUUCUUGGCCUUACGGUGAGUCAGAGCACUGAGAGACUGUGUAAGCCAGUUGUUUGUGGGGGAUGGUCCUUCCCACACCUUGGCUUACCAUUCACGAUCCUCCCACUCCCACACACACACACUGAGCACAUUGCGAUUCUCUCAACACACCCUCUCACCACCCCCCGGAAAGGAUCAGUGUUAGGUUCACAUUGUGAUCCUCUCAACACCCUAAAAGAA